CUCCAAAACAAUUCCCUCCAAGUAAUUCUCCCAAACAAACCCUUAUAGUUUCAGCACCCCGAAUCAGAAAUCAAGAUAUACACAUACCGUGAUUAAUCAUCAUGAGGGUCGUCGUUAUUGACCGGGCGGCGGCGGCGGCGGUCCUGGCCGGAGUACUUCUGGUGCUGUUUCUGCAGGUGGAGCCGUACCAAGCCAGUGGCCGGCCGUUGAUGGACAGGGAAGUCGACGGCAUGCUGAAGGAGCUGAAGUCGUCGCUCCAGAGGGGACCCGUCCCUCCGUCGGGUUCUUCCGGGUGUACCCACGUACCCGGAUCCAAUGGGCCGGGUUGCCCGUCCUUGGUCAACCAGAUGAACUUCGCCGGCAGUGUCCAUCGCAAUAAUAACAGAGCUCUCCACCAUCAACAUCAGCACCACCAUUCUACAGUUUCUUCUUCGUAUCCAGUUGUGAUGAUUCCCUUCGGGUUGGCUGACCGGCGGCAGCAAUGACGUCAUCUCAUCGUCGAAUUUACGGGUCCUGGAAAGAAUACAGGCCGCCCGGCCCAUUGGUGGUCACUUACGGGCUUACAACUUUAGUUUCUACACUUUUUUAUGGCCGAAAUUGGCUCUGCUUUAUUUUAUUUUUUUUUUUGGUAAAUAGACACAUACGGGGAUUUGUUGAUUUUUUAUUGGUUAGAAAAUUGGUUUAUUACAUUUAUAAAUUGUAUUUUAUCUACGCAGAUGUACGUACCGGUAAAAUAUCUAUAUCUGUUCUUCAGCUUUUCUCAUUAUGUAAUAUACCUGUAAUCAAUUG